UACCAAGAAGGACACUAAUUUCGUUAAUGAAGUUAUAAAACUCGACUCUAAAGAUUUUGGAUUUCGGUAUUUUUACAUAUGCUUCAAUAGCUUCAUUCUGCAAUUUGUUUCGUUACUAGUAUUAAAUAACUAUUUACAAGUUAGAUGGAUAGCUUUGUCACACGUAGACCGAGAAGUCCACGGGAUAAAAAGCCCACCAAACGAAAAGAAUCAAAAUUAAAACAAGUUACCAUUGAGUCACUUUCAAGAGUAGUUGUUAUAGAAGACAUUCUACAUUUAAAAUCAGCAUUAGAAAACCAUAAGGAUGAUGUAUUUGAAGAUAAACUAUUAGAAAUUUUACAAAAACUAAAGUCUAUGAACCCAUCAACAAAAGUAUUAAAGGACACAAAGAUUGGUCAAUCUGUGAAUAAGCUUCGGAAAUCAGAACAUAAAUCAGUUAAAGAAUUAGCAAGAUGUAUUGUAAGAAGUUGGAAGAGAAUAGUUAUAGAGGAAAACACUAAAAGGGAAUGUGUUGAUGUACAAUGUGAUGCCAAGACUGAAAUAUUGAGAUGUAAAGCAAGGAAAUUGAUCAGUGAUGGUUUAAAUACCACUUUAACUGACCCUACGACGGAAGUGCUUGAGAAAAGGUUAUUCGAAAAAUGCGAACGGAGGGUUGACAACAGAUACAAACGGAGUGUGCGUUCAAUUGUUUUUUGUAUAAAAAGUGACAAAAAUGUACAAAAGAACGUUAGACAGGGGACAAUGACACCUGACCAUAUCCUUUCAAAAUGUCUAUACACAGAAAGUAAAAAGUAACAUAACAAUUAUGAACUUCUAUAUGUAGUUCUAUAACGAUUUACCAGAACGAUGUGUUUCAAGCAAAAGAACUGAAAAAAAAUGAUAAGAACUGAACAAAUUGAUAAGCUAUGUUUCGUGAUCUGUGAUCGUUUUUAGCGUGGUUUCAGUUUUGAAUUUUUGUUCGCAAUCGUUGUGCAGGACAUAGUUGUGACCAGGCCCACCUGUCCCGAUGAUAGAUCGUGAAGAGAAACGACUAUAAUCUUGUAAUAAAAAUUAUGUAAUUCAAUUUUAUUAAA